GUACAACUUUUGACAACUUACACCCUUUAUUAUUCGAAUAGGAAACAUUGUACAUCAUUAUUACAUAAAAUGGUUAUUAAUUAUUAUACUUCCGUUUCCACGUUUUUUAUUUACAAAUAUUGUCACUCCAAUCGCCUACAUUUUUGUGUAAUGUAUAAAUAAUUACCCGCAAAUCGAUCACCCCCGUAAUUUCCUUACACAGUAACACAGAAAGCCUUUUAAAUUAUUACGCGUGAUCUUCUUCUUGACAAAAAAAGCUCAAGGCUACACAAAAUUGCUCAAAAACAGGGUAAAAUAUUUAAAUGUUUACCGUUCCGAUCUUACUCAAACCUCAGCAAUUUCACUCCUUUGCCAUGUCCCAGUCAAGAAACACCACAGCCCCUAUACCAUGGCUCUACGACAUCGAUCCAGAAGACACCAACUGGAUCAUAACGAGUUCUUUUAUGAUUUUUACAAUGCAAACUGGAUUCGGAAUGCUAGAAUCUGGUUGCGUCUCCAUCAAAAAUGAAGUCAACAUAAUGAUGAAAAACGUCGUCGACAUAGUCUUAGGGGGCCUCACUUACUGGAUUUUCGGUUUCGGGUUGUCUUUCGGACGCAGCCCCCUUAGCAAUGGAUUUAUCGCUCUCGGCGACUUUUUCACCGACCCCCUCCUUAAAGACCCCUUAAAAGGGGCGAUUUAUGCGGCGUUUAUUUUCCAGCUGUCUUUUGCCACCACCGCCACCACUAUAGUCAGCGGGGCUAUGGCCGAAAGGUGCAACUUCAAAGCAUAUUGCAUUUUUAGUUUUCUAAAUACUGCAAUUUAUUGCAUUCCUGCGGGAUGGAUGUGGGGGGAUCAGGGUUUUCUGAAAAAAUUGGGGGCCGUUGAUAUUGCCGGCUCAGGUGCUGUUCAUUUAAUUGGGGGGAGUUCAGCAAUGGCCAGUGCCCUCAUGUUGGGGCCACGACUCGGCCGAUAUGACAACGGAAUUAAAUCGCUGCCCUUAGGGAACCCCGUUAAUGCAGUUAUGGGGUUGUUUGUGCUAUGGUGGGGGUGGCUAGCCUUCAACUCCGGAAGCACAUACGGGUUGAGUGGCGAAAAAUGGCAUUACGCAGCAAGAGCGGCCGUUAUGACUAUGAUGUCGUCCUUUGGAGGGGGGACUGCCAGUCUGCUGUAUUCACUAAUAAGACAAAAAGGGCGCAUUGAUGCCAUUGACAUAAUUAAUGGUAUUUUGGGCUCGCUGGUGGCUGUAACUGCCGGUUGUUUUUUGUACGAAGCAUGGGAAGCUUUAAUUAUUGGCGUCGUGGGGGCGCUACUAGCUUGUGGUUUUAUGCCACUCUUCGAUUUGAUGGGAAUUGACGAUCCUGUAGGUGCUAGUGCAGUUCAUGGGGUUGGGGGUAUUUGGGGGGUUUUAGCAGUCGGGUUUUUUGCCGACAAUCCUUACCCUUUGGAAACAACCAAUGGCAGGCGCGGCUUAUUUAAAGGGGGCGGUUGGUACCUGUUGGGAGUCCAAAGUCUGGCUUGCGUCUGCUUAAGCUGUUGGGGUAUCGUCAGUUCGAUGAUCCUCCUCUGGUGUAUAAAUAAAAUCGUGACGAUUCGAAUGGAAGUCCAUGUUGAACUCUUAGGCGCUGACUUGACUGAACACUCUGUCAAACAUGGGAAUGUAAAUGUGGGAGUAUCAAGAGCAAUUUCUGUUUUGGGCCCGGUUCUGGAUUCAGAAGAUGUUCGUCGGAUUGACAACAUUGGGUUAAAUCCUAUGCAUGAGAGAAACAUUAAUUUGGUUAAAAAUCUAUCGAGGAAAAAACGUUACAAAUUUUCGAAGAUCUUGAGGGACGUAACUAGGAACAGGAAUUUGGGAAUUAAUUUGGCCAAGAAUUUGUUUCCCAAGAAGGCGAGGAAAAAAUCAGUACCGAAAGAAACAAACGAAGGUGCAGGAAGUGAAAAUACGGGCCCGGGACCAUCUCAGAUGGCUUGGGUCAACUAAAAAAUACAAUAAUUUAUGAAAAAUGGCACAUAGUAUAUUAUGUACGUAUUGUAUAUUACAUUGAUAUUCAUUUUA